AUUUGCGCUGCGCAUUUGGGUUUUGAAAAACAUAACUCGACAAUCAAAUCAAUGGACAUGUUGGCAUUUGAGUUCGAGUUAUGAUUUUACAUUUUUGCUUUGUAAAAUGGAUGUAGACUUUUAACAAAGGAGUAAAAAAAUUGGGAGUGGGUCUUUAUGGUAGUAUUAUAUUAACUGAAUAUGAAAAUCUUUAUACGGCCAUAAUUUGCAAAAUGUGAAGGAUAUUCAAUGGUCGGCAAUGAGAGAUUAAAAUUAUUUAAUCGUUCAUACUACAUGAUCGCUGGAAAUCACUGGGUUUCAGACAUUUUUAGCCAUUAGAAAUUAGAAUCGGUGUAUUAGAUUACUCUAAUUUUUUGAUAGUCAAAUAUGACUGUUGUUUAUCUGUGUGAAAAUCAUCGUUUAUAUUUCAGCUUUUUGGUAUCUAUGUAGAAUCAAUACACUAAUUUUUGAUAUUGGGGUAUGGGAUUUUCAGUGCACAUGGUCGUAUAUUCGAGCUUUCGCAUGUAUUUUCGGAGAUAAAGAUUACUGAUUUUUAAGAAGUUGUUUAUGUUGGUGUUUACAGAAUGUUUGAUAGUAUGUUUAUUAUUGUUGCGGAAUAGUGCGUCUUUAUAAUCGGAAUGAAGGUAUUUUGUCGUUUUAAUUUCAUCUUAAUGGGUACGAGUUAUAUUGUUGGAUUUUUUUUUUCAGGGUUUAUAAUCGUAUGUUUAUAUCUUGAUAUAUUUGCACAGAGAUAAUAGGAAUUGGUGGAUUUUUGAUGUUUCUUACCGUGGUGUUUACAUGGAGAUUUGCUGCUUUAAAAUAAAAUGCUGACCUUGAAAAACAUAUUGUGUAUUUCACUUUUGAUGCUUGUUAUAAGCAUUGAGAUUAACCUGGCAAAAGAAUGUAAAAUUCCAGAGAACAAUGAGGACAUUGACUGGGAUAAGGUUAAGAAUGACUGGUAUCUGGUGCUACACACCAACGAUGAGGUCAUGAAUGAAGAUGUUAUAGGUGCAAAACUACAGAACUUCUCCAAUACAAAUGAAGGAAUGCAAAUGGUGGUUACUAAUUUACAUGAGAAUUCUCCUCCCCAAAUCUUUACAAUUGAUCGGACCAAACGAAUUGACGGCGUUUAUUAUGGGAUGAAGAGCGAAAAACCAGCUGUUUUGGCUUCACACACUCUAACACAAGACGGAGGAACAAAUAAUAAUGCUAAAAAAAUAGAUGAUGCCUUGUUCAAUGGUGAUAUUCUGGUUCUAUACGACAAAAAGAAUUAUUUAGUCCAUGCAUUCUGCAGUCUUUCAGGUGAAUGGGUUGUCUGGUCGGCAUUUCCAACCCUAAAUCCAACUAUUCAUCAAAUUAGUUCAAUGUGGAACAAGCUCAUUGAGAAAGGAAUCAUUGUACAACUUUAUCCUUCUAAAAUUGUUGAACAUCCGGAGUUGAUGGAAAGUUUGAACUGACGAGAUUUUUCAAUAUUGAGUUAUAACCCUGAACAGAAAUUCAUUUAAUGGGAAUUAUAACACUGCAGUAUACUAUUUAGUACAACUACUAUAUUCUAGAAUAAAUAAGAAAACUACAGGAGUCAUUUUUUAUGCAAUUUUAGGCGUUAUGCCGUGGCUUUCUCAGUUUCAUUGUUAUCGUAAAUCGUAAUUAUGUUGUGCUAUAUUUAAGUUGCAAAUUAUACAAUGAAGACAUGAUGCAAAUGUUUUAACACUCUAAAUGCAAUUCUAAACUAGAGGAAUUCAUCUUUAUCUUCCACAAUUUGAUGAGAUAAGAUAAAAAGAUUAAUUCAUGAUUAAUAAAUUUGAUCGAAAACUACCGUACACUCUAAAUGAAAAAAAGUGGGAAUUCCCACCGAAAUAUUUGGUUCACAAGGUUUUCUACUUCUUCCACCCUUUGGGUAGGUGUUUAACAUUUCCACCCUAACAACCCCACCCAAAUCGAUAAGAAGAUCAACCUUCUUGCAAGCCUGGAAACGUACUAUAACCACCCAAAGGAAGCAUGAAACCACGACAGGUUUUCAAGAUUUAAACAAUUUAUUAAAACAGUAAAUAUUCGGCCAAAUUAGGUCGCAAAUAAAUACAGUCGUAAUGAGAAAGUCAA